AACAACUACGCGACCGGCGGCCAGACCGUGACUAACAACAAUGACGGCAGCAGUGGAGCGCCCAUCGCUAACACCAACUGCGGCGGAACCAUCUCCAACUCUGGCGGCACUGCUGCUAACUGCGGCAAAUGAAGCGCUCCUCCUGUGCAAGGGCUGGCGAGCUGCUCAUAGUAGCAAAUUCAAGAGGACGAGAAAACAGUUUUGAGAGCGCGUAGGAACUGUCUAGAAACAUGCACAGACUGCUCUGGAGAGUUGGUUCUGCUGAUUACACCCUGAAUGUAAGCUACUGAAAUCUGAGAAUGCCUUUGAAUCUGGUUCAGUCAGAUGUAUGAAAUUUGGCGGCUUCAAGAAUAUAUAUGCGUUUCUUCCUUUGCAGCUUGAACUGAAAUUUCUUUUCUGCUUGUUGGUGGGCUGUUAUGUCUUACAUUAAAUUGCUGGUUGGGUGUUAAACAUUGCUAUUCAGAGGUAGUCAGACUGGACUCAAGAGUAGAUAAAAUCACUGCCUUGUGCACAUGUGUGGGGUUGACUGAGGGUGAUUUGAAGUGCACUUGUGUGAGGGUGUAUCAUUCUCUGUCCUCCGUGCAGCACCAAUGAUUGAGAUUGUAGCCGUUGUAAUAAAAUUGCUGAGCUUC